CUUAGAAAACAACCGUCUCUGCUUCAAAGAGUUUACAGUCUUGGGAUUGUUUAUUUAUUUUGCAGCAAGAAUUUGCUUGAAUAAACUUUAACAAAAACAAAUUCUUAGUCUAAUAAAAAUAUUUCCAUAUUCUAAUAAACAAACAAAAAAACAGUGCAAGCAAAUGGUCUUAAUUACAAGUUUGCAUUUGUGUGCAACACAAAAGUUCCUGGACAGAGAACCUGAAAGUGAAACUGACCGUAAGGAAAAGAGAAAUUGACUUAAUUGAAUUUAUGUUCCAGUACUCUGAUGCUAUGCUGAGCUUAGCAUAAAUAUUGGGAGAAUGUAGAGAUGGAGAAAGUGAACAGCAUAAAUAGAGAACAGUAAACUGGAUUUUAAAAAUUCUUUCAGCUUUUAAUAAUCUAAGGUGAUGGUGGGAAGAGAGGUGCAGUUAUUAUAGUGCUGUUCAUUUUUAAGGAAAAAGUCCGUGUUCCUGCAAUCUGAUCUUUAGUAAUAUCCAAUACUCAGUUUGCUGCUCAGGGAUUACUUUUGUUUACUGGACUAUUGUCACAAUACUGUAUUGCUCCAUCAAAAAUAAAUACCGUGUUUACUUCUCAUGACACACGAUACUUGGCACUUUAUUGCACCUGUCUUCGAAGACUUUCACAACUCUGUGAACCAUUGCUUUGGAACCAUUCUCUUCUCUGCCUGCACCAACACCCGUGUAUCGUAAGUGGCAGUGCCCAUUUUGCUAAUGUAUCAAUUGGAAUGUGAAGGUUGUGACUCUCCAGUGGUCACUCAGUGAGUCAGUAACUGAGUCCAGAAUAGAUCCUGGGUGUCAAAUUCACAGCUAAUAUAAGUGGUAUCUGAAAUCAGUGCAGUUGCAGCCACCUCUGUUAGUGGUAAAUUUAACCUUGGGCUCCUGACUCCCAGCCUUAUGCACUAACACUGAUACUGUCAGCUCAAAUGGGGCAGCCUGGCUUUACUAACUUCAGUAUUUUAAGGUGCUGUGGCCUUUUUGGAGCUUUCUUCAUCAAAUAAUCCAUUUAAGAUGCUUGCCUGGAUGUGUGCGACGUUCUUUGUGCCAUCAUCCUGCCUCGUGGAAGGCUAGCUUAUGACAUCAUAAUUGUUUCACAGUAGCAUGUGUUAUGGAAAUUUUAGAGACUUAAUUGAGCCAUGGAAGGAAGUGAAGAAGCAGGUCACCUCCCUGCAUAUACAAAAUGUCUGCUGUCCUAUUUGAAAGGAAAAUAGCCAAGCAUAUAAGUGGUUAUAUUAAAAUAUUUACCAGUUUGCCUUUUAACUCUUGAUGUGCUGAUGGCAAUGAAGUCAAAAGCUUAUCUUCAUGAUCUUGGAGAUUUGGGGAAUGCUUUAAAUUUCAGGGUCCAAAUAUGUAAGACAGUACUCCUCACGUACAUGGUAAGUACUAUUUUCCUAUUGUUUUGUUGGCAUUGUAUUGGGGUUUCAAGAUUUUAUUAUGGAUUGUGUUUUAUAGUUUGGGGUUGGAGAAAUUCAACUGGAAUAACUUCUCUUUGCUCCAGAAGUUGUUUUAAAAUCAUUUUUUGAGUUCUCCUUCCUGUUCCCUGAGAGUUUAAAUUAAAAUAUUUUUGUAUCAAAGGGGGUUUCCUGUUGUUGGAGUUGAGUAGUUUAAAAUGAGAUGUGAAACGUCUGUUAUAGAAAUAGGAACCCACGUGAUGAACAAGGACUAACCUAUUAAUAAGUUGCAUUUUCUUUAGCAGCGUUUCACUUCAAGUCCUUGUUCUUGGAGGAUUUCAUGUAUGUGGGGAAUUAGUUCAUGAAGGUGCUGCGGCUGGAAUUUCAAUAAUAUGUAGGAUGAACACUUAUGAAGAAUGACUUGCACUUGUUGGACUACUAACUGCCAGUGGCUUAGAAGUGACUUAUAAAAUUGACUAUGCAGAGAUGAAGACCUUGGAAAACAGCUUUAUCUGUGGGACAUUAGCUUUUGGUUUCUAUCUGCCUUUGUUGGCAGCUUCCCUUGAGACAGUUACCAUCCCAGAGCAGCUGAAGUCAGCAGUUGCUAAGGUCUUGGUCAGCACCACAUCCUGCAGUGUCACCUGUGGCCUGGGCUUCAAGGUGGAGGAGAUGUGUCAGAUUGAUCCGCAUGGGAAAAGGAGUCAUUGUAACUUCCGCAGGUCAGACUGCCUGACCAACUGGAUCUGUGGGUUACUCCAUUUCACUGUCCCCAUUGGCAAACCAUUUAAGCUCAGCUGCCUGACCUCUGAGAUGAUUGGUGUUGGCAGCCAGGCCUUUAUCUACACCUGGAGGCUUGCCAGAGGCAUAAUCACCACAGAUGAUCUGCUUUUCAAACCUUUCAAGACCCCAAGCUAUGUCAUCAAACUUUCCCCUGCCAAAGAAUCUGAUGCAGGGACUUACAGGUGUGAUGUGCAGCUGAUGAAGACAUUCAAGCUUGUCAAGAGAAUCUACUUUGGGCUUCGAGUGAUCCCUAAUGACUUAGUGGAUCUGAACUUUCAAAAAUCCUUGACUCUGGAACAGAAACUAGCAGCAAAUGAAAAGGAAGGAAACCAACAGAAUGGUACCAGUGUCGUAGUACAAUGGCAUCAGCAAUCUUGGCAAAGAAGGGCCUUGUUGGUGUUCCUGAUAGGAAUUGGAAGUGGGGUAGCAGGAGGUGUGUUGGUGGGCACAGUUCUCUACUUUUUGCUGGAGGCUCGCAGGAAAAAUAGAGCCACAGAGGAGUGAACUGCUUUUUAAUGUGGUCUCUUCCGACAGAGGGAUAAUCCGCUUACUGCAAUACUUAUGCUGUCUUAGUGGCAAUAUUCCAAACUGAUGUAGGUGUGUGAUUCUGAUAAACUGAGAUUUAACUAU